AUGAAUGCAAGCGAAUCCGAAGCAGGCGACGAAUAUUAUGAUGAACUCGAGCCCGGUGGCAAGCGCUCGGAGAAAGAUGACGGCUACAUACUUAGGAACGUCCUCAAGCUUCCCCGCACCACAACCUACACGACACAGGCGCUCUACGAGCAGAUCAUUGGCAAUGACAUUAACCUGGAACCCGAGUAUCAAAGAGAUGUUGUCUGGCCAGAGCCCAAGCAAGUAGGCCUUAUUGACUCUAUACUUCGCAACUUUUAUAUUCCACCUGUGAUCUUUGUUUCGCAUCAGCACUCAGAUGGCUCAGAAACCAAGACGUGUGUCGACGGGAAGCAACGGCUCACAUCAAUACAACGGUUCAUGGAUGGACUGGUUGGUCAUAUCUAUCUACAAACUGGUGACAAGUACUGGUACAAGCCGAACGCUUCCAACCAAAGUGGACGGUCCGCGGGCUACAUUCUGCCUGAUAAAUAUCGACGACUGUUUGCAAAUAAGCAGAUUGUAUGCAUAGAAUAUCAGGACCUUCCUGAUUUCGAAGAGCGCGAAAUCUUCCAGAGAGUACAACUUGGAAUGGCCCUCACCCCUGCGGAGAAAUUGCAGGUGAUUAACACCCCUAUGAGUAGCUUCGUGCGACAGCUAGAGGCAGAGUAUUUCGGACAAGACAAGCCUCUAGGUGGCGACGCCCUAGAUUGGGACCGUUCGCGUGGUGGGGAUUUCCGGUGUAUCGCUCAGGCGCUUUACUGCAUCUCAAAGUACCCUUCCCUCCAGUCCGUGGGUACCGUCCUGCAGAUAGAGAAAUGGUUGCACAACCCCGUCCGACGAACCAAAAGCAAAAAGAAAGAAAGUGACGACGACGAAGACCUCACAAAGGAUGAAAUCUACCUCUCAUGCAUCCACGACACGUUCCGUGUUUUCUCGCAGCUAGUCAGCGACCCUGAACUCUGCUCUACAUUCCUACAAUCUGGCUGGCGCAUCUCACCCGUGGAGUUUAUCACCAUAUGUCUCUUAAUCUCCGUGGAGAAAGAUAAGCUGCAACUGCGCGCGCUCGCAGAUAAGCUCGCACGCAUGCGGGAGGCGGUGCGUGAAGAACACGUAGAUAUUCGAAUGAAUGCUCGUGUCGCCAAGACAUUGCUUGACUUCGUCAAAGGGAUUGGCCCUCAGGUGCAAAACACCUCUGGGACGAAGCGAAAGCUGGAGGAGGAAGAUGUAGCAGUGCCACCGAGCACACAGCGAAAACGAACUGAGACCCUGCCAGUACUGUCUCCCACUGUGGGCUCCCACAACCCAAUUCACUUUGUCAAUCCUCCUAUGCUUGUCGCUCCCACUUUUCUGCCGCCGCCGCCACGCCCAACAGCCAUUCCUGACAGACUUGCAGCCCUCCACGACGCUAAGAAGUCCAUCUCAAAUCCAACCCCUCCACGCAUCCCGCCGACUGCACCCGCUGCACUCCGGAAUGCUGGGCCAAGUAGAUAG